AUGACUAAUUCAGACAGCCUUCCUCCAUCCUACACAUCGUGGACCAAUGAGCAGCUCAUUGCCUGGGCCGGGGGCGUCGGUCCAGUCUUUCAAUAUUAUCUGGGGGCACUUAGAGAUGCAAAUGUGAAAGGAAAAUGGUUGUCCUGUCUGACGGAGUCUGAUCUCGCCAAACUGGGUGUCAAAAGAAUUGACCACAUACGGCUAAUUUUGAGCGCGGUCAAGGAUCUCAUUGAAGCCUAUGCCGCUUUGGAGACGGAGAAUAUGCAGGACAUUCUAUUCAGUGUUGUUCGUGCUUUGGCCCUCAUGUCUUCUCAUCUUAAACGUGCACAACUUCAGCGAGGCCAGGAAAGUGAAGAGGAUAUGGCUGAAAUUGACCAUUUGUUAGUUAAGAGCUUGAUGAACCUAAGCAAAAUUGCCAAGAAAGCCGCAUCCUGGCUUGGUAGGACCCCAUUCUCUCAGAUACCAAAGUUCUCCAGCCUUCGUAGCGUGAUUCUUCAAAAUGUAAUAGAUCUUAACACGGCACUUCGGUCGGCGUUAAACGAAUCGUGUCUAGUGGCCUUCGUAAAUCCGAUGCUAGAGCUAACUCGGAGUCUAAAGAAUCAAUUAGAGGAAGUUAUUCAUGACUGCGAUGACUCCAUUUUACUCACUCCAUGCACCCUCGAAUACAUCAGCCUUCGGAAAGGCGAAAGGGAUAUUUAUGGCUUCACGUUUCAAACCAACGACUCCAAUGUGCACAUAAUUCAGUCUGUAGACUCGGAUUUAAAAGCCCCAGCCUUCUCGUGUGGAAGACUAACAAAAGACGACGAAGUUGUCGAAAUCAAUAAUCAGCUUGUGCUGGGAUGGGAGCACAAUGCUGUGGCACGACUAAUUCAACAGAGCACCCGCCACCUGAACAUGCGGAUUCGUAAGCGACCCGCUCACUGCACCGAUUACUUCUUCGUAAACUCCAGACGCCAACGAACGCCACUAACAAGCAGCCUACGGCCUAUCGCUGCAGAACCACAACACUCGAGGCGGUCGGACUUCUUGCGAAAUCGGACUCCCAAAAGGCGCACGCAGCCGAUCUCAACUUCCCAAAGUAGCACCACCCCGUCCACAAUUUCUAACAUCACUGCUCAACCUGCGACCGCAAAUAUUUCACCGGAGGAAGAAUUAGAAGAGCCCAAACAAAGUACCUUGGCAGUCCGACAUUCUUCAGCGAGUAACGAGGCUAAACUCAAAGCUCCAGUCGCCAUCACCAGGUCACAUAGCCAGCCUCGGGACGGGCUCUUCCUUCCGGCCCCUAAACCCUCAUGUGCUCCUAUUACGCCAUCUCGCGAAAGCACAAAUUCAACAGAAUCUUUCAAUGAACGUUCUCCGGUUCCUUUUGAGUCUGCUUGUCAGGUAGUUGCUACGGGCCCUUCGCCUGUUUCUGUGGAGACUUCAGCUCCGGCCCCACGGAAGAACAGACGGAGACCGGCUACAAUUAGCUCCAUAGAGGAUUUUUCUGCAAGUCCCGCAUCCCCGGCCCCAUUGAAUUUGAGCUUCAAUAAGUCCACCAAGCGCUUGUCCUGCAAGGCUUUAGGUAAGGGCCAUUGCCAGGGUUGGCUUUGGCUCAAAAAGACCGCUUCGUUUGCUACCAAGUACGUGAAACGCUGGUGCAUUUUCAAGCACAACACAUUGUACUACUACCGAAACCCGGCCGAUGCUUACGCGGAGGGUUUGAUUCUGCUCCAUGGAUUUACAAUAUCCCCCACAUCUGAGGGGAGUCGGUCGGGGCGAUAUCCUUUCCUGGUUUACAAUGAUUGGACGAGGUUCGUAUUUGCGACGGACAAUGAAGGUAGUAGGACGCGUUGGAUGAAUAUGCUGGGUUUGGCAGCUAUCGGACAGCCAGCGUGCAUGUGGACCACACCAAUCGGUGGCUUCCAUCCCGGCUACCUCACGGCUUCUUCGAAGUUGGCCACGGAGAAGCGCUCCUUGCCACUGCCGCUUAGUCCGACUCUCCUUGAACCACCGAGACUGCACACGUCGAGUGGAGACAACUCACGCCGAACUCAUGUGGCUAUCCACCGCUGUUCCUCAAGCCUGAACGUCCCUUCUUCCUCAGAAUUUAAGCACCAACCACUGGAUUCUGACUCUGUUGAAAAUCACAAAUGCUACCAGCACCUUUACCUUUCUGUUAGCGCCUCAUGCCUUGUUGAUGACGCGACUGUGAUUUCAACAGAUGAAGAAGAAAAGGAAAAUGACACUGAAGAGUUGCAAGAUGUAUCUCAGUCUAUUCAGGAUCAAUCCCCUUGCCGCCUGAUGCGUCGCGAUGCCAUGAUUCGUCGACGGCGAGUCCGACUACUCACAGAUGGAUCGAUUUCGCCGACAGUUUUCCUCACAUCGCCUCCCACAAUAGUGCCCCAACGGGCAUCUGACCGGCUGUCGAUGUCGUCGGAAACGGUAGUAAUGGGUACCUUGGGACUGGCACAGCAGCACCUUCUACAGCCUCAUUCGACUGGCACGAGUAGUGACGGUGGAAUCGAAACCGGGGAAAAUGACAGUCGUUAUUGUAGCCUUUUACUUUUGCGAAAUCCUCAGCGUCUUGAUGAAGAAACUGAGCUCUCGCCUCCUUGCUCCUUAUCUAGUCGGUCUGAAUCAGUUGAUCACGCCUCAUCGUAA